AUGAAACGUGGUAAUUUCAGUUACCAUCGAUGCGAUUUCCUGCACCGGCUCUCAGAUCAGGGCUGUUUCGAUCAGAUUUUCUUCCCGAGUCCUUCGUUCACUCCACUGCUCAACGAAGACCUCUCCAACAAGACAUCGGAGGACAGCGAUCCCAUCCAAUUGAGGCCACAGAGAGUGCAUCUCAAGAUCAGGCCUAACCUGCCAUACAAUGUUCACAUUCAGUUCAAACAGGCGCUCGACUAUCCCGUAGAUCUCUAUUAUCUGAUGGAUCUCUCAAAGUCUAUGGAAGACGAUAAGGAAAAGUUGGCACAACUCGGCAACCAAUUGGCUGUCAAUAUGAGAAAGAUUACAUCCAAUUUCCGGUUGGGUUUCGGCUCUUUUGUCGAUAAGGUUGUCAUGCCUUACAUUACAUCCAAUUUCCGGUUGGGUUUCGGCUCUUUUGUCGAUAAGGUUGUCAUGCCUUACGUCAGUACUGUUCGCGAAAAACUGGACGAGCCGUGCACUGGAUGUGCCGCACCGUAUGGUUUCCGAAAUCACAUGAAACUGGACACUAAUGCUAAUGAAUUUGUGCGAAAAGUGGGCGAAACACAGAUAUCGGGCAAUUUAGACGCACCGGAAGGCGGUUUCGAUGCCAUAAUGCAGGCAAUUGUUUGCAGGAAUGAGAUCGGAUGGCGAGAAAAGUCGCGAAAAAUGUUAGUCUUUACGACGGAUUCUGGAUUUCAUUACGCGGGCGACGGAAAGUUGGGCGGAAUUGUUAAGCCUAACGACGGAGAGUGCCAUUUGGACCGAUCCGGUCUCUACACUGAGAGCACGACCCAAGACUACCCGUCGAUUAGUCAAAUUAAUCACAAAGUGAAAGACCACCAUGUUAAUGUCAUUUUCGCCGUCACCUCCAAUCAGUUCGAUAUAUACCGACAAUUGGCCGAAGGCCUCAACCCUCUCAUCGAAGGCUCGACUGCCGGUAAACUAGAAAACGAUUCGUCAAAUAUCGUGGAUCUCAUUCAAGACGAGUACCUGAAGAUCACGUCCGCCAUUGAACUGAAGGACAACGCGACGGAUAACGUGAAAAUCACUUACUAUUCGUCGUGUCUUAACCAGAAGAAAGAGGAGACAAAGAUAUGCCGUGGGCUUAGAGUCGGCGACUCCGUUACCUUUGAGGCGAAGAUCGAAGUGACUUCUUGUCCGCGAAAUCGCGGCGAAUGGAACCAAACUAUACUCAUAUAUCCGGUCGGUCUGAACGACGCCCUUAUCAUCGAUUUGGAGAUGAUUUGCGAAUGCGAUUGCGAGAAGCCGUGGAACGAACAGACCUAUAGUCCCUAUUGUGAACACAGGGGUACCUAUGAGUGCGGCAUCUGUUCCUGUAAUGACAACUUCUACGGCCGUCGCUGUGAGUGCGACGCCAAAGAAGCGAAUCCCGCCGAAGAGGAACAGUCGUGUAUUCGCGGAAACGACACUAAAGUGUGCUCCGGAAGAGGCGCCUGCAGAUGUGGUGAAUGCGAGUGCUAUAAACGGGAAGCGCCCGAAGAGGUGACGGGAAAGUUCUGCGAAUGCGAUAACUUUAGUUGCGAUCGGUAUGACGGCAAAGUGUGCAGCGGACCCGAUCACGGCAAGUGCGAGUGCGGCACUUGUCUUUGCAACGACGACUGGACGGGACCCGACUGUAGCUGCAAGAAGUCCAACGAAGACUGUGUGGAUCCGCGCACUAACAAGGAGUGCAACGGCAGAGGCAAAUGUGUUUGCGGGCAAUGCAUAUGUGAGCCCAAAGGCGACGAACAAUACACGGGACAGUUCUGCGAAGACUGUCCUACAUGUAAAUCCCAGUGCGAGAUAUACAAGGAGUGCGUUCAGUGCCGUAUUCAUCAAAGCGGGCCGUUGGACGAGGAGGCGUGCAAUCAGUGUAACAUCAAUCCCAUCGGCACCUCUGAGUUCGAGGUGACAGACGGGGAACAGCUCUGUGUCUUCAUCGACGACGACGAUUGCAAAUUCCAAUUCAAAUAUAAAUACGAAGAGAAAGAGGAUCUCAUUUACGUGAUCGCGCAGAACACGAAGGACUGUCCCGAACCGGUCGACGUGUUGGCCAUUGUUAUCGGUGUGAUUGUGGGCAUCGUUCUCAUCGGUUUGGCGUUACUUCUCAUUUGGAAACUAUUGACAACAAUUCACGACAGAAGAGAGUUUGCGAAGUUUGAAAAGGAGAGAAUGAUGGCUAAGUGGGACACUGGCGAGAAUCCAAUCUUCAAACAGGCGACCACUACUUUCAAGAAUCCCACAUAUGGUGGCAAACAGUGAUAAUAAUAACGAAACGAUACACUUAUUAGAUUUGAUUAAUAAUCUCAACAAAAAAACAUAUUUAGAAAAUUUAAUAUUUUUCUUGUGUUCGAGACUGAAGUCUAAACAAUUUAAUUGAUAAUAACGUGUAUAUUAGCCGACAAUAUGUUUGUGUGUUUUAUUUUCUGUUGUUGUGUAAGACAUAAGUGUUAUAAAUGGAGAACUCCUUAACUCAUAGUUAACGCAUAUUAUUGUUAUUAUUAGUGAAGACUUAUUUUGGUGUCGACUAAAAACCUAAAAAACAGACUUAUUUCCGAUAAUAACACUCGUAUACAAAACACACAACGAAUUUGCCUUAAAAAUUAAGUGCAAAACUGUCCUAAAAAUUACUCUCAUUUAUGAAACGGUGCCAAAAGAGGGGUUGCGCUGGAAGUGAUGGCACAUACGUCUGGCCGUCUGCCUCCAGAAGAUGACAAAAAACCACAAUUCAUUAACUUAUUAUCUCUAUUGAUAUACAUUUGAAUGGUUUCGUAACUCUCUUUGUAUUUCAGACGACUAUUAAUAUAUUUUGAAUGAAAUCUGAAUUUUUAAGCUUAAAAUUGAGUCCAUAUUCGUAGUGACAGUAUUUUCUCGUAUAUUAUUCUCAUUAUAAUAUACUUUUUUCAACGAAAAACACAUUAAUUUAAUUUCAUAUUUAAUUUAAAAUAAUUCUGUCUCUCAUUCUUUUGGAUUAUAUAAGAGUUUCUAUAUUUUCAGUUUAAUUAAAGUAACAAAACACACAAAUUUUGUGCAAUUAAUUGAGUUUUUCCCCCUUUUAUUGCAAUCAUUUGAUUCUUUUGAUAAUUGAUUCGCU